ACCGUCCGAUUUGGGGAAGCGGGGGAGGGGAAAGCAAGCAGCUCUGGAAAGCAGGCCGUUUCUAAGUUACGCUUUGGCACAACCCACACCAUUCUGCUUCUCUGGAUCGGAAGCCUGAUCGCUCGCAAUAGGUGGGGAGGGCGGGGGUGACAGAAACCGCGAUUGUCCGGUGAAACGAGAGAGAACGAGAGAGACGGGGGGUGGUGGGGGGAGAGAGAGAGCUCUUCGCUGCAGCCGUAGGGGGCGCGGAAGGGGCUGCUUUGGACCGAAGCCUGGCUGUCCCCGGCUGUCUUCCGCGGCGCUGUCCGUGGUGCUGAAAAGGACCGGCCUCUUGGCGAGCCCAGCCGCCCCCAACAGCAGCAGCAGCAGCAGCAGCGGUGCCUUGGCCAAGGCGCGCCGAGCUCGCGCGCGCGUCCAGGCCUACGCGGGGAGGGGGCGUACGGAGGGGGGGGGGUAUAAGGAGGCUCUCUCUCCGGCGGCGCACGCGCACGCCGCCUCUUCCCUUCGCUCGCUUUGCCUGGCUGUGCGCGAGUGUGCGGUGUGUGCGCGCGUGUGAGUGUGUGAGUGCGUGUGUGUGAGGGCGAGAGAGACAGAGCUGGGCGAAUGCGUGUGCUCGCCGGCGAAGGAGCUGGAUGUACCGAGGCGACGGCAGCGCAAGAGCAGCGUUGAAAACGGCAUCCCAGGCGCCUCUUCCCUUCCCCGGGCUGGCCUCGGGAGCACUGCAGCAGCGGGCCAAGGCUGCUUCUCUAUCCACCCCCUUCCUCCUCUUCCUCCUCCUCUUCUUCUUCUCCCGCUGAGGGCUCAUUUCCAGCUCGGGUCCUUCAUCUGCUCGCCCAAGAUGCAGAGGAUCUAAUUUGCUGAGCGACAAACGGGCAAGGGAGGAGAAGGCAGCGGCGGCUGCAGCAAAGGAAUAUUCUGUGGCUUUGUGGAUGCUCUACUUUUCAUGGCAAUGCAAAAGAUCCGGCAGAUUGCUCUCUUCCUGGCUCCUUUGGUUUGGGGACUCAUCUGGGGGGUCUACUCCAACGGCAUACAAAUAGGGGGGCUCUUCCCCAGGGGAGCUGAUCAGGAAUACAGUGCAUUUCGGGUAGGGAUGGUUCAAUUUUCCACUUCAGAGUUCCGACUGUCGCCCCACAUCGACAAUCUGGAGGUGGCCAACAGCUUCGCUGUCACCAACGCUUUUUGCUCCCAGUUUUCAAGAGGAGUCUUUGCUAUUUUUGGAUUUUAUGACAAGAAGUCUGUAAAUACCAUCACAUCAUUUUGUGGAACACUUCAUGUCUCCUUCAUAACACCCAGCUUCCCAACAGAUGGAACACACCCAUUUGUCAUCCAGAUGAGGCCAGACCUCAAGGGAGCACUUCUGAGCUUGAUUGAAUAUUACCAGUGGACCAAGUUUGCAUAUCUCUAUGACAGUGACAGAGGUUUGUCGACACUACAAGCUGUACUGGACACUGCAGCUGAAAAGAAAUGGCAAGUGACUGCUAUAAAUGUGGGCAACAUUAAUAAUGACAGAAAAGAUGAAACAUACCGCUCAUUGUUUCGGGAUCUGGAGGUAAAAAGAGAAAGGCGAGUCAUUCUCGACUGUGAACGGGAUAAAGUCAACGACAUUGUAGACCAGGUUAUUACAAUUGGCAAGCAUGUAAAUGGAUACCACUACAUCAUUGCAAAUUUGGGAUUUACUGAUGGAGAUUUAUCAAAAAUACAGUUUGGAGGAGCCAACGUAUCAGGUUUUCAGAUAGUGGACUAUGAUGAUCCCCUGGUGUCAAAAUUUAUACAGCGCUGGUCAACAUUGGAAGAAAAAGAAUAUCCAGGAGCACAUACUAGUACAAUCAAGUACACAUCAGCUCUGACCUAUGAUGCUGUCAAAGUGAUGACUGAAGCUUUCCGUAACUUGCGUAAACAAAGGAUUGAGAUUACCAGAAGAGGAAAUGCUGGAGACUGUCUUGCAAACCCAGCAGUGCCUUGGUCACAUGGUGUAGAAAUAGAAAGGGCACUGAAGCAGGUUCAGGUGGAAGGGCUAUCAGGAAACAUAAAGUUUGAUCAGAAUGGAAAGAGAAUUAACUAUACAAUAAAUGUCAUGGAACUCAAAAGUACCGGUCCCCGGAAGAUUGGAUACUGGAGUGAAGUGGACAGAAUGGUUGUGAAUCCAAUUGAAUGUCCAUCUUGCAAUGAAUCCUCGGGAUUAGAGAAUAAGACUAUUAUUGUCACAACUAUUUUGGAAUCCCCCUAUGUUAUGAAGAAAAAAAAUUUUGAAUUGCUUGACGGAAAUGAUGCCUAUGAGGGCUACUGUGUGGACUUAGCUGCAGAAAUUGCCAAACACUGUGGGUUCAAGUACAAACUCACAAUUGUUGGGGAUCGCAAGUAUGGGGCCAGGGAUGCAGAAACAAAAAUCUGGAAUGGAAUGGUUGGAGAACUUGUUUAUGGGAAAGCCGAUAUUGCAAUUGCUCCAUUAACUAUAACGUUGGUGAGAGAAGAAGUGAUUGACUUCUCAAAGCCCUUUAUG